AUGGAUAACAACCAUUUGCCAGUCUCUGAUUUACCUGCACCGUGGUUGUUCGAAGGCGAGGCGUGGUGGUUCUUCACCGCGUUGUUCCACAGGCCCAAGAAGGGGGAAAUGUCUGCGCCGGGCUAUUUUGACCCGCUUCACGAGCACUCGCGCUCUCUCGCCACCGAAGAGGAUGCAUACCUUGGGAAUCAUGGGAUGAUUCAGCUUCUUCGCUAUACCGAGAGCCCUGCAGGUCCAUAUGAUGAACUCAUCCUCAUACCUGGGUCAUUCAAGUCACCGCCGGGCUUGAAACCAGCAGAAGCGCCUCGCAUCACCCGUAUCUAUGUCUCAGCUAUGAACUCCGUCAUCAAUGGUCGGCGGAAUUGGAAUAUUCCCAAGACGCUUGCCAAGUUUUCCUUCGCACCCAACUCAGAUGGGGAAAUGGAAGUCAAAGUCUUUGCUCCAACGUCGUUUGAAAACCCUGAAUCCUCGAUCUUCAGCGAUACCCCAUUCUUCGCAGUGAACAUCCGACCCAGAGCGAUUCCCUUACCUGAAAUUCCCCUGAAUUUGAAACAUUCACCCAUACCCUUCACUCUCGUACAGCCACCGCUGGAAGCGUCGCCUACAGCUGCUCAGGACGGAUGCAUUGGCACGGACAACUGGGUCUCCGUUGACGUGGCCGACUAUCGAGGCCGCGUGAAGCCUAUCAGUUGGAAGGGCGAUCUGACUGUCGUUGACCCUGACACACAGAAGGUCAGGACUCGAAUUGCUGAUGGAGUUGGUUUCCCGGACAUUGUUCCGUACAGCAUCGGACUCCAUUUUGCACAGCUGAAGGUUCAGGUUCCAGAGGGCAUCAUCCAUAAGAUGAGUGAAGAGUCUGAAUGA